AUGAAGAAGGAGAAAGAGAAGAAGGAAGUACCGGUCGAACUUCAAACGAGGAAAGUGUUAGAUUCCGUCGAUGUGGCGCUAAAACCAUUGGGCAUGUACUUCCCACCGUCUGAGUAUAGGAAGAAGAUCAAGAUAUCUACUAGGUGUUUUAUUACUGAUGUAAUGGAUACCCUAAAAGAACUAGACCCUCCGAUGACUACGGCGGAGAAGAGUUGGUUUGAGAAUCAUCUGCAGUUCAAACACAUAUUCCACAUGCCACAGGCUGGAAACCACAAGGUUAUGGGCAUGUGGAUACUCCUCCUCCGAACCGCACACAUUACAAAGGAAAAAGAGGCAUGGUUUGUCGUGAAUGGAUGUCCCAUUCGCUAUGGUAUUAGAGAACAUGCUUUGAUAUCUGGAUUGAACUGUCGAAACUAUCCAUUGAACUACAAGGUAACCAGAGGCACGAAGUUUGUGAGGAAAUGUUUUGGCGGUGGAAUAAUAAGAUAUCAAGACAUGAAAGCAAAAGUUCUUGAGGGAAUGGAACCUUCUCAUGAUAGGUUGAGGCUGUUGGUCUUGUAUUUCCUAUCGAGUGUUAUUUGUGGGCAGACAAAGACCGGUAAGGACGCCCCUUCCGUGGAGCCAUUCUUGCUGAGAGCAGUUGAUGAUCUCAACUUAUGUAAAACGUUCCCUUGGGGUAGAUUAUCCUUUGAUUACAUGUUGAAGGAGAUUUCACACACCAUGAGUCAUUUUAAAGGGGAGGUGAAAGAAGGUGUGAUAUUCCGGGUUUUUGUAUUCCAAUGGAGGUUAGUCUCUUAA